CUCGCAGCCAUUGCGCCUUUCCCAGGGGUGCAGUUGGUGUGGGAGCGGCUACCACCCACCUCGGGGAAAAGGGGGUGGGGAAGGCGGGGGAGCUGUGCGCCUCUCCCACGCCGGGUCCUUGGGCAGCGAGGGGGUUCUGCCGCUUGGGUCUCGCUUGGAAGCGCCUGGGGCAAGGAAAGUUUCCGGCUUCUUUUCUUUCCCCCCUUCUUCCUUUCCUCCUUUUUAUCCUCUCUGCUGGCCCGGUGGCACCAUGACGGCGUCUCCCGACUACCUGGUGAUUCUCUUCGUGACCACGGCGGGCACCAACGGGGCAAGGUUGGGCUCAGACGAGCGAGAGCUGCUCCAGCUCCUGUGGAAAGUGGUCGACCUGAGGAGUAAGGAGCUGGGGCACCUGCAUGACGUGCUGGUCCGGCCUGACCACACAGAACUGACGGCUGAGUGCCAGGAGAUCACCCAAGUGGAUGUGGAGAGCCUGGCACUGGCUCCACCGCUGGAGCAGGCAUUGAGACAGUUUAAUCAGUCCGUGAGCAAUGAGCUGAACAUUGGUGUAGGUACUUCUUUCUGUUUCUGUACUGAUGGACAGUUGCACAUUAGGCAGGUUCUACACCCUGAAGCUUCCAAAAAGAAUAUUUUGCUACCUGAAUGCUUCUACUCCUUUUUUGACUUGCGGAAAGAGUUCAAGAAGUGUUGCCCUGGUUCACCUGAAGUUAGCAAACUUGAUGUUGUAGCCAUGACAGAAUAUUUAAAUCUUGACAAGAGCAGUUCAGCAUUUCCCUAUGGAGCCUCUCAAGUUGAAGAUAUGGGGCAUAUUAUUUUAACAUUAAUAUCUGAACCAUACAAUCACAGAUUUUCAGAUCCAGAAAGGGUGAACUACAAAUUUGAAAGUGGGCCUUGCAGCAAGAUGGAACUUGUGGAUGACAAUGCUGUUAUCCGAGCAAGAGGAUUGCCAUGGCAGUCAUCUGACCAGGACAUAGCGAGAUUCUUCAAAGGUCUAAAUAUUGCCAAAGGAGGUGCUGCACUCUGUCUCAAUGCCCAAGGUAGGAGGAAUGGGGAGGCUCUUGUGAGGUUCGUAAGUGAAGAGCAUAGAGAUCUAGCACUACAAAGGCACAAGCAUCACAUGGGGAACCGAUACAUAGAGGUAUACAAGGCAACAGGUGAAGACUUCCUUAAAAUUGCAGGAGGUACUUCCAAUGAGGUUGCACAGUUUUUGUCGAAAGAAAACCAAGUGAUUGUCAGGAUGCGAGGUCUUCCUUUCAAUGUAACAACAGAAGAAGUGCUGACUUUCUUUGGCCAGCACUGCCCUGUAACAGGAGGAAAGGAGGGAGUCCUGUUUGUUACUUACCCUGACAGCAGGCCAACAGGGGAUGCCUUUGUCUUGUUUGCUUGUGAGGAAUACGCACAAAAUGCACUGAAAAAGCACAAGGAUUUGCUGGGGAAAAGGUACAUUGAACUCUUCCGUAGCACUGCAGCAGAAGUUCAGCAGGUGCUGAACAGGUACUCUUCCACACCUCUCAUUCCUCUCCCAACACCUCCAAUUCUUCCAGUAUUACCUCAACAGUUUGUGCCUCCCACUAACAUCAGAGACUGCAUACGUUUGCGUGGUCUUCCCUAUGCUGCUACUAUAGAGGACAUUCUGGAGUUCCUGGGAGAGUUUUCUACAGAUAUUCGGACCCAUGGAGUUCACAUGGUACUAAAUCACCAGGGACGUCCAUCGGGAGAUGCUUUCAUUCAGAUGAAAUCUGCAGAUCGAGCUUUCCUGGCUGCACAGAAAUGUCAUAAGAAGACCAUGAAGGACAGAUAUGUUGAAGUCUUUCAAUGUUCUGCUGAAGAGAUGAACUUUGUAUUAAUGGGGGGCACUUUAAAUCGAAAUGGCUUGUCCCCGCCACCAUGUAAGUUACCAUGUCUUUCACCCCCUACCUACUCGUUCCCAGCUCCUGCUGCAGUUGUGCCAACAGAAGCUGCUCUGUAUCAGCCAUCCAUGCUUCUGAACCCACGAACACUCCAGCCCUCCACAGCCUACUACCCUGCUGGGGCUCAGCUCUUCAUGAACUACACAGCAUAUUACCCCAGUAUGCAGCAGAGGAUGGACUUGUACACACAAAUGAUGCGGCCAGGACAAUGUCCAAAGCAUGGAUUUGCAUUUAAAGGCCCAAGCAGUUAGACUUCCUUAGUGAAGGUAAGGAUAACAAACCGCAGGAGCUAGGGCUUGAGGGUAUCAUAGUAUUUUAUUCAGAUAACCACCAUACUUAACAUAAAUUGUCAUUUGCUGCCCUGAGAAGGUGGUUACACUUUGCUGUGUCCAGAAUGUCACACUGCAAUAUGUAAAACUCUAUGAAAGCUAGAAUUUAAAGUCAUCUUAAGGGCUGCUGCCUUGCAUGUUUUCUGGGGCUUCAAAUGCAUGCUACUGCAAGCUUUAAUACCAGUACUGAGAGCCUGCAGAAAGCUUCUUAGAGUCAGUUUUCUCUGUGGAGCAAAGUGUGGAGAUGAUGUUACUCUCCUAGCAAUGCACUAGGAUGAGGUAUUGGUUAGACAGAAUGAGCCACUUUCUUAGGUAACUACAGAAUCCAAUGUCUAAGCUUCACACUGACAUAAAAUUGCAGCAAUGAAGUAGUUUGUAUAAUGGUAGCUAUGCUUUUGCUUUUGUGAGCUUUCUGAUGAGGCCACUUCAGCCUUUCAAGUUUUGUUUACACGAUCUUCUAUAUAGGAACAGUCAAAGGGUGAAGUCACCCAAAAAGCAUUUGUGUAGAAAAAUGCAAGUUGAACUGCAGAGCAGUGUAUUGAUGGAUCAUGUGACUUACCAUGUUGUAGUAUCAGAGGAAGCUAUAGAAAUGUAUUUGCAAAAAAUGCUUCUGUAAGCUCUAGUCUUUGAAAAAAUACAUAGUCAAAGAAGUGCUAGAUUUCUUUUAUGUCCCUUUCUUUCCUCUAUUCCUUUUUUCAGCUUCCCCUCUGAAAAACAGCAACAAAACUGUCCAGUUUUACUAAUUGUUCUGCUUUUGACACAGACAACUUAGCCAGGAUGUAAACUGCUUCUCAUCAAAAUCGUUAUCUGCACCAUCACCUCACUGUCCAAGUGUGCUGCUUUUGCAUGUGUGAAAGUGCCCAUCUCAGCUUAUUGCCCAACAAGGGGGCCUUUGGAUUGAUAAAGGUAGAUCCCAUCCCUGCACUGGCAGUUGGAGCCACAAUUAGCUGCUUUAGUAGACUUCUGGCCAAAACUGUGCUACAUCACUUCUCAUUAAUUUAUUGUGCUGUCAUCCAGCGACUAGAUAAGGAAGCUGAUCCAGCUGGAAAAACUCAUGGGGUUUGUCUGUUUUCAGCCAAUUUACAGCUUAGAUAGUACCUGUGUUGGCCCAGAGACAGGAAGGUGGAAGUGGCCAAAGCAGGCACUGCGAGAUAGCAAUGGCAUUGCCGUGUUGGAUUUGAUUGUAAAGCUUCACUUCCAAAGGUAAAAGGUCAUGUAAUAGUGAAUAAAUUCUGGUAUACUCUUAGUGAAGCACUCUUCACUUUAGUAGAAAAUGUCAUUUAAACUGUGUGUGUGUAAGGUGAAAACUAAAGCUUUUGGUCCAUCUGUAAAGAUUUUAAAUAUAGGAAAUCAAGAAAUUAUUAUUUGCUUUUAUCAUGGUGUUCAGUGACCUGCAUAACUCUUUAAUGCAGAUUCCUCUACCCUUUCUGAUGUUUUGAACAAACACAGUGAACCUAGAUGGAGAUUUUGAUUAUGUUUGCAGCUUUAGCACUUCUCAAGCCAAUUGUACUCAAGAGGAAAAACCACCAGAACUCUUGGAGUGACCAGAUGGAUCUGUUACUGUUUUAAAGUUCAUGCAUGGUUUUCACACAUGCGCACACAGACCACUAAGCCCUUCACUGAGAGCACAGGUGCUGAAAUCAUGCAAGUCUUUGAGGGUUUCUGCUUGAUAAAGAAGGUAUUAAGCUGCUCUUAGUACAAAAAUACUUCAGCCUGAACCUAUACAGUCUGAUCUUUCA